UGGAAGAUCUGUGAGAUGUGAUCAAAUUAUAGUCAUUUCUCGAGCAGAGCGCCGUGUCGUCAAAUACUUUGAAUGAGUGAGGCACUUUCCAUUAGGAGUAGAUGUUUUCUGGACGAUGUGUUGCUGUGUUUGUGCUUUUAUAGCCUCAGAGCAGCCAGACUGACAGUUAACCGGAGAAAAUCAAUCACCUGCUGCAACAGAAGAUGAAAUGUUGUCUUGUGACUGACACGUUAAUAACACAUUCAGGUCGUUUUCUCGUUGUGUCUUCGUCUGAAAAUGUCGUGGAUAAAGGAAGGGGAAUUAAACCUGCUUGAGAAGAUUUCGGCCAAUAUCUUGAAGGCUGGACCCAUGCCUAAACAUGUGGCCUUCAUCAUGGAUGGUAACCGUCGUUUCGCACGUAAGAAACACAUGGAGCGCCAGGAAGGGCACAUGCAGGGCUUCAACAAGCUGGCAGAGACAUUGCGUUGGUGUAAGCAUCUGAACAUCCAAGAGGUUACAGUGUACGCCUUCAGCAUCGAGAACUUCAAGCGCACUAAAGACGAGGUGGAUGGGCUGAUGGAGCUGGCCAAGCAGAAAUUUGUGAAGCUGUUGGAGGAACGGGACAAUCUAGAGAAGCAUGGUGUGUGUAUCCGGGUGCUGGGCGACUUGAACAUGCUGCCACUCGACCUUCAGCAACUCAUUGCCAAAGCUGUGGUCACAACCAAGGCACACAAUAAAUGUUUCCUGAAUGUGUGUUUUGCCUACACCUCAAGAUAUGAAAUCACUAAUGCAGUCAGAGAAAUGGCUUGGGGAGUGGAGCAGGGUCUGAUCAAAGCAAGUGAUGUUUCAGAGGCGUUGCUAAGUGAGUGUUUGUACAGCAAUAAUUCUCCUAAUCCUGACCUGCUCAUCCGCACCUCUGGAGAGGUGCGCCUCAGCGACUUCCUCCUUUGGCAGACUUCCCACUCCUGUCUAGUGUUUCAGUCAGUUCUGUGGCCGGAGUACUCCUUCUGGAACCUGUGUGAAGCCAUUCUUCAAUAUCAAUUAAAUUACAAAACCAUUCAGAAAGCCAGAGACUUCCAUCGAGAGCAUCAGGCCUUACAGCAGCUAGAGGCGGAUCGGGCCUGUGUAGCAGAGCACCUGCAGCAUCAUGGGAAUGGAAAGCCUGCCGACGCCCAGAGAAGACAAGAGGCACUGCUGCACUACACCGCCUGUCGGGAAGAACGAAUCCAGGAUUUCCUAGAAGCACUGAAGCAGAAGAGAGACUCCUACUUUAGUGACUUAUGGAAGGAGGCCGUCUUGGCCUAGGAGGGCUCAGAAGAACAAACCCCAUGUUGAAGUGGGGAUGAAAACCUCUCGUGUCCUCUUCCACAAAAAAAGGGCUUCUGUGGAAAAGAAAAACACUAACUGGGAACACUUCAAUUGAUUUUUACAAGUUGAGAGGGCAAUUUUACCCCUAUGGGGCUGUAGAAAAUGGAUAUUUAUGAUAGAUUUAAAAAAAAAAUCUAUGUGGAAAUGUCUGGUCAAGAUGUAGUUACAUACUUGUGUAAAUUGUCCAUCAAAUUGCAUGCCACUGGAGGAUCAAACUAUAUGAGUGCAAACCAGGGAUCCAGUGUUUUUGGAAACCUUUCUGAAUCCGUCAUCCAGAUUUUUCUUGAGUCCCAAAGAAAGUGUUGUUUGUUGAGUGUUAUGUGAGUGACAUAACUAGAUUUUGACCAGCUUUCUUAAACCGAAUAAAGUGAUUACUGUUUGUCGGAUCUGAUUAAAUGAUGUGUGAUUCA